AUGGAAGAAGAAAUUAUCUAUCUCGAUCAAGCCAUAGACCGCUGUGCCGAACUGGAGGAUCAACUGCAAGCUUCACUGAACUAUGUAACCCGUCUACGCAAAAAGCAUUACGGUGACGUCGAUCCGCCUCUUAAUCGCUCAAACAAGAAGUCAGACGAAAAGUCAGACAAGAAGUCAGACGAGAAAUCAGACAAGAAGUCAGAUGAGAAGUCAGACGAAAAGUCAGACGAGAAGUCAGACGAGAAGUCAGACGAGAAGUCAGACGAAAAUUCAGACGAGAAGUCAGAAGAGAAGUCAGACGAGAAGUCAGACGAGAAUUCAGACGAAACGUCAGACAAAAAGUCAUACAAAAAUUCAGACAAAAAGUCAGACGAGAAGUCAGAUGAGAAAUCAGACAAGAAGUCAGACGAGAAGUCAGACAAGAAGUCAGACAAGAAGUCAGACGGGAAGACAGACGAGAAGUCAGACGAAAAGUCAGACUCAAAUUCAGUCGAGAAGUCAGACAAGAAGACAGACGAGAAGUCAGACAAAAAGUCAGACAAGAAGUCAGACGAGAAGUCAGACAAAAAGUCAGACAAGAAGUCAGACAAGAAGUCAGACAAAAAGUUAGACGAGAAGUCAGACGCAACGUCAGACAAGAAGUCAGAUGAGAAGUCAGACAAGAAGUCAGACGAGAAGUCAGAAGAGAAGUUAAACGAGAAAUUAGACGAGAAGUCAGACCCAAAUUCAUCAGACGAAAAAUCAGACUCAAAUUCAGUCGAGAAGUCGGACAAAAAGUCAGACAAGAAGACAGAUGAGAAGUCAGACAAGGAGCCAGACGAGAAGUCAGACGAGAAGUUAGACAAAAAGCCAGACGAGAAGUCAGACGAGAAGUCAGACGAGAAGUCAGACAAAAAGUCAGACAAGAAGUCAGACAAGAAGUCAGACGAGAAGUCAGACAAGAAGUCAGACGAGAAGUCAGACAAGAAGUCAGACGAGAAGUCAGACGAGAAGUCAGACAAAAAGUCAGACAAGAAGUCAGACAAGAAGUCAGACAAAAAGUCAGACGAGAAGUCAGACGAAACGUCAGACAAGAAGUCAGACGAGAAGUCAAACCCAGACAACCAAAAUUCAGACAAGAAGACAGACGAGAAGUCAGACGAGAAGUUAGACAAGAAGCCAGACGAGAAGUCAGAUAAGAAGUCAGACGGGAAGACAGACGAGAAGUCAGACGAAAAGUCAGACUCAAAUUUAGUCGAGAAGUCAGACAAGAAGACAGACGAGAAGUCAGACAAGAAGUCAGACGAGAAGUCAGACGAGAAGUUAAACGAGAAGACAGACGAGAAGUCAGACGAAAAGUCAGACCCAAAUUCAGUCGAGAAGUCAGACGAAAAGUCAGACGAGAAGUCAGAGGAGAAGUCAGACGAAAAUUCAGACGAGAAGUUAGACGAAACGUCAGACAAGAAGUCAGACGAGAAGUCAGACAAAAAGUCAGACAAGAAGUCAGACAAGAAGUCAGACAAAAAGUCAGACGAGAAGUCAGACGAGAAGUCAGACGAAACGUCAGACAAGAAGUCAGACAAGAAGUCAGACGAAACGUCAGACAAGAAGUCAGACGAGAAGUCAAACAAGAAACAAGAGUCAGACAAGAAGACAGACGAGAAGUCAGACGAGAAGUUAGACAAGAAGCCAGACGAGAAGUCAGAUAAGAAGUCAGACGGGAAGACAGACGAGAAGUCAGACGAAAAGUCAGACUCAAAUUUAGUCGAGAAGUCAGACAAGAAGACAGACGAGAAGUCAGACAAGAAGUCAGACGAGAAGUCAGACGAGAAGUUAAACGAGAAGACAGACGAGAAGUCAGACGAAAAGUCAGACCCAAAUUCAGUCGAGAAGUCAGACGAAAAGUCAGACGAGAAGUCAGAGGAGAAGUCAGACGAAAAUUCAGACGAGAAGUUAGACGAAACGUCAGACAAGAAGUCAGACGAGAAGUCAGACAAAAAGUCAGACAAGAAGUCAGACAAGAAGUCAGACAAAAAGUCAGACGAGAAGUCAGACGAGAAGUCAGACGAGAAGUCAGACGAAACGUCAGACAAGAAGUCAGACAAGAAGUCAGACGAAACGUCAGACAAGAAGUCAGACGAGAAGUCAAACAAGAAGUCAGACGGGAAGACAGACGAGAAGUCAGACGGGUAG